AGGAAAUGCUUAGACGCUGUCAAAUAUUUGUUUUAGCUGACAGGUUGAGUUGAGUGUCGUCCUUGUAAGGCGAGUUUAUUUGUUGUUUUUUUAACCGGUUGUUGUCACGACUCGGUCCGCCCUGCUUCGUUUCCGCUGUGGCCGUACAGUCAACGCGCAGCUGCGGGAAGUUACGCAAUGUGUGUGACACUUUAAGUAGCUAGCUAGCUGGCUGUCGGCCGAAGAGAGAGCAAGCUCCGGUAGUUGUGAGCUGCUGAAGUGCCUUACAGAGUGUGUAGUUCGACACCACCUUUGUGCUUCAAAUGGCGUCAGUGUUGACGGCGUUUAGAAGAAUAGCCCACGUGGGGUUACGGGACUACGCGCGGAGGAUGGUGGUACAUCGCGGUGCUCCGCGAGCACGAGCGACAGGUCACCGGAGUUUCGUCACCGGAACGCAGCCAUUGAGGUCAGACAACAAGGUGACCAUCCACUUCGUCAAUCGCGACGGCGAGAAGAUCACAGUUGGAGCUUCUCCUGGGGACUCUCUGCUCGACAUCGUCAUCAACGAGGACCUCGACUUUGACGGCUUUGGAGCGUGCGAGGGAACGCUGGCGUGUUCCACCUGCCAUCUGAUCUUUGACGAGGACGUCUACAAGAAGCUGGGCCCUGUCACAGACGAAGAGAUGGACAUGUUGGACUUGGCGUAUGGCCUUACUGACACAUCCCGCCUGGGUUGCCAGGUGUGCGUGAGCCGGUCCCUGGAGGGCAUGGUGGCCCGCGUCCCGGAGAGCGUCGCCGACAUACGACAGAGUAAAGACGGCUCGUCUUAGCGCGGCGCCGCCCGAAGGACUGACGCCGGCACGCGGCGAUGGUAGGUGUGGCCCCGAUCUGCUCCCUCGGCUAACAAGCGACUGACGCUUUUAGAACUGUAGUCCUGAAAAGGCGGAUCAGCUCGUGACUGACAUAUUUUUAUUCAUAUCCACCGAUGGUUCGGGGGCCAUCUUUCAUGUGAUUGUACAUAGCUAGGACACAUAAAUAAAGUAGUCACCUUUCUAACCA